AUGAAACGAAUUAAUAAAAGCAAAUCAUCAAAAUAUUAUUUCAGCAUAGAAACUGAUGUUGCAGACGACAUGAAAUGGAAAAUGUGCUCUUAUUACUUUUCUGUUUCUCUCUAUGCCAUUGCCAGUUUGCAGCUUAAAAAAAAGCGCAAAAACUCAAAGAUGACGCAUCGAAAAGAAGAAGAAUAA